ACUAAAAAUUGGAAAUGAAUAGUUUCUGAAUGGAUAACAAAAAAAUCUCAACAAAGAGUUCCCUUUACGGGUGGAGGAAUGAAGAAAGGGGAAUUAAUAGUCCUCCUCUAGAUUUUUCUUUUAUGAAAGCUACUGCGUUUGAUGAUCUGGAAAACAAGAAUUUACAAGCAACGAGAACCGGCAGAAUACCAAAAAAAAAUCAGGAAAAUCGAUACCUAACAAGUUCAUUAUGGCUGGGUCAUAAUUCCAUAACCUCAACAGCAAAACUUCAAAACUUUGUGAAGAACGCUCUCGUGAGUUCAGAGAAUCUGAGUUGGCUGGAUCUUUCCUUUAACGCCAUUUUCGAUAUUGGAGAUGAAAUUGCGGAAUUUCCAAAUUUAAAAAUCCUCUACUUGCAUGGAAACAAUAUUUCGAAUAUGAACAGUAUUUUGAAAUUACGAAAACUACCGAAACUUAGAACUUUGACACUUCACGGAAACCCCAUCGAGUCAUUACCAAAUUACAGAUCAUACAUAGUCACUAUUUUGCCGAAGCUCCUAAAUUUGGAUUUCUCUCCCGUAAUUUCGGCUGAAAGGAAGAAGGCACUGCCCCCAGGAUUCUUUAAAAUUAUCAACACUUCUGGUUAAAUAAGUAAACAUUUAUUACAGAGACGCAAUAAAUUUCCCUAAGAACAUGACCGCAAUCCAGUGCCAUCGAAUCACGUAUUAUUAUUUACAGUUUACACAAUUGUUGCGGUUGAAAUCUGCUCAAUGUUCAUUUAGACACCAGAAGUUUAAUCUCGCAGCAUUAUGAAAAUUGUACUCUCGAAUUUGUAUACAAUGAAAAAAAUAAAAUAAAAUAAAA